ACUAAGAUAUUCUUACUUAAUUUCUGACAUAUUUCGUGGGGUGAAGUCGGUCUGCUACCGUGUGAGCCGGCACUUUGCCCGUGCGGCUUCUGGCUCGGGCUCUGCGCCGAUGGCUGCCGCUGCCUGCCCGAGAACUAUUCACAUCCGAAUCGCCCGUUCUUUUAUGCUUCCGUAUUUAUAUUUUGCCGUAGGCCGCUCUCUGCCCAAUCCUGAUUAUCCGUUCAUCCUCCAACCUCCUCAAUCAACUCAGCAUCAUGGUUAACGCACUCCCCACAAUCGGCUUCUGCGGUCUCGGCGCCAUGGGCGGCGGCAUGGCCUGCAACCUCGCUAAAGAAGGCUUCCCCAUCCAGGGAUUCGAUGUCUACCCUCCUUCCAUGGACAAGCUCGUUGCUGCUGGUGGUACUUCUUCCAAGUCUCCCGCCGAGGCUGCCAAGGGCAAGGAGUUCCUCAUCCUCAUGGUCGUCAACGACAAGCAGGCCGACUCCGUCCUCUUCGACGGUGGUGCCAUCGAGGCCAUGGACAAGGGCAAGACCGUCAUGCUCUGCUCAACAGUUCCUCCCGUGUACCUCAAGACCUUGAGAGAGCACAUCGACUCUGUCGGCCGCUCUGAUCUUAAGCUGCUCGACUGCCCUGUCUCUGGUGGAUCGAUCCGUGCCGCUGCGGGUACUCUCUCCAUCUUCUCCUCCGGUCCCGACGAGGAUCUCGACCAUGCCGACGUUGUUCUCAAAGCUAUGUCCGAUCCCCUCUACCGCAUCAAGGGAGGCAUCUCCAUGGGCCAGGUUGCCAAGAUGUGCCAUCAGCACCAGGCUGCCACCAACAUCAUCAUGGCCUCCGAGGCAAUGGGUCUCGCCGCUGCUGUUGGCCUCAACACCCAGGAGGUCUACGACAAGGUCUGCAAGUCCAUCGGCCGGAGUUGGAUGUUUGAGAACCGCGGCCCUCACAUGCUUGCCAACGACUACCACACCGUCCACUCUGCUACCACCAUCAUCCUCAAGGAUGCUACCAUCGUCACCAACCACGCCAAAUCCGCCUUCUUCCCUCUCCCACUCGAGAACAUGGCCGAGCAGCUCUACAUCCAGGGCUGCCACGCCGGUUUUGCCAAGGACGACGACGCUGGACUUUGCCGUAUGUUCAUGCCUUCGCCCACUCUUGUCGGUGAGCUUACCACCUCCGCUGCCACCACUGAGGGCAAGUACGGCGUAACCGUCGACGACAUCAUCAACCUCAUGGCCGGUGUCGAGCUCGCUUCUACCCGCGAGUGCAUGGCUUUUGCCAAGUUUGUCGGUCUUGAUCUCGAGCUCCUUCUCGAUAUCAUCAACAAGGGCGCUGGCGCCUCAAACACCUACGAGAAGACUGCCUCGGCUAUGGUCAAGGCUGGCCUUGUCAACUUCAAGCCCAUCGCUGAUGCGGCUGAGAUCAGAGAUAAGCUUGAGGCUUCGAUCAAGAAGACUGAGGCUUUCCAUCAGUACUUGCCCAUGUCGAGUGCUGCCCUGCAGGAGCUCAACUACUACUUGUAAUCUUGUAGUUGAAGUCUUCUGGAUUCUCAUUGCUUAUUUACUUCACAUACAUCUCUCAUUAUUUAUCUGGGUCUGGCAUAGUUAAUCGAAAUAUCUUAAUCCAA